AUGUACGGAGGCCGAGAAACUGAACCUAAGCAGGAAGUUUACAGAGUUGGCGUGCGAAUUCCUCCAUUUUGGGCUGAAGACCCCCUCAUGUGGUUUUCACAGAUCGAGUACCAAUUUAAACUCGCUAAUAUUAGUGCAGAUGAGACCAAGUUUUAUUAUGUGUCGUCCAAUUUAGAACCGCAGUAUGCGAGAGAAGUGCGUGACAUAAUUUCAAAUCCACCUGCAACUAAUAAGUACGACAAAUUUAAAGCCGAACUGAUCAAACGUCUGUCCGUUUCCAACGAAAAGAAAAUCAAACAACUUUUAAUGCACGAGGAGCUUGGCGAUCGCAAGCCCUCUCAGUUCUUGAGGCAUUUGAUGGCCUUGGCUGGCCCAGAUGUACCAUCGGAUUUUUUAAUUACCAUAUGGACCAGUCGCCUACCGCUGAAUGUGCAGACUGCGAUCGCUACACAGAAAGGUGCGUCUACAGACAAACUUACUGAGCUAGCAGAUGUUGUGUACGAGAUGGCCCCCCCUACUCCUCAGGUGGCUAGUAGUUCUUCAGCGAACAGCGAGAUGGCUCAGCAGAUAAGUGAACUCACUCGACAGGUAGCCUUACUUACCCAGCACAUAAGCAGGACAGGACGCGCACGUUCACAGACGAGGAACAGACGGAACAACAAUCGCUCGAAGAGUCGCUCUAGGCCCAGACAACCACCACAAGAUCACCCACACUGUUUUUACCACUACACUUACGGAGCAAAGGCAAACAAGUGCAAGCAGCCGUGCAGUUUCCAGUCGGGAAACUCGCAGGGCGGUCGCAAGUAG